CCAGAGAAGGUGUGGUUUCGCAAUUUAACCCACAGCAUUGUGGGAAGCUUGACGAUGCCUCCACCAUAUGAAUCGGUUUUACGCAAGAAUUUAGAUAACAUAUUUUCCCUCAAGUUUCGGCCUUAGCCUCACAUUGCACCUUCACGAUGAUGCGCUUCCUGCUGCUGUUCAGCCGGCAGGGGAAGCUGCGACUGCAGAAGUGGUUCACUCCAGUGACUGAGAGAGAGAAAAAGAAGAUGAUCAGGGAAAUGACUCUGAUGGUGCUGGCUCACCCUCCCCGCUCCUGUAACUUCCUCCACUGGAGGGACCUCAAGAUUGUUUACAAGAGGUAUGCCAGCCUCUACUUCUGCUGUGGUCUGGAGGACCAGGACAAUGAACUGUUGACCUUGGAGGUGCUGCACCGAUAUGUCGAGCUGCUGGACAAAUACUUUGGCAACGUGUGUGAGCUGGACAUCAUCUUUAACUUUGAGAAGGCCUACUUCAUCCUUGAUGAGUUCCUGAUGGGAGGAGAGAUCCUGGAGACCUCCAAGACAGCUGUGGGCAUCGCUAUGGAGGAGGCAGAGACACUACAAGAGACAAUGGAGGAGUAUAUGAGUAAACCGACCUACUGAACCAAUAACAGGGACAUGAGUCGAACCUUAAGACUGAAGAAUCCUUUCCUCAGUUGCCAUAAGUGCCACAACAUUUAAACUGUAAUACACUCUUCCAUUCAGACAUCACACAUAGUAAUACACUCUUCCAUUCAGACAUCACACAGAGUAAUACACUCUUCCAUUCAGACAUCACACAGAGUAAUACACUCUUCCAUUCAGACAUCACACAGAGUAAUACACCCUUCCAUUCAGACAUCACACAGAG